CGCGUGAGGGGGGCACAUGACGUCACGGUGUUUUGGUUCCGGGCCGCGGUGACCACGUAGGCGACAUGGCGGCCCCGCUCGCCUCGGCUCUCCGCUGUUGGCGGAGCUUCGAUCUCCAGCAGCUGCAGCGCGAGUUGGACCAGACGGCGGCAGAUCUCGCGAUCCGCCAAGACGACAGUGAGCAGUCGCGCCGCCGCCUCAUCGACCAGAGCCGCGAUUUCAAGAAGAACACGCCCGAGGAGCUGAGGAAGCAGGUUGCUCCGCUGCUGAAGAGCUUUCAGGGCGAGAUCGAUGCGCUCAGCAAGAGGAGCAAGGAGGCCGAGACGGCCUUCUUGAAUGUCUACAAGCGGUUUAUCGAUGUGCCCGACCCUGUGGGGGUCCUGGAGGUGGCGAUGCAGCUGCAGCAGAAGGUGCAGCGGCUGAACGAUGUUGAGAUGGAAAACCAGAAGUUGCGUGAGACUUUGGAGGAGUACAACAAGGAGUUUGCACACGUCAAGAACCAGGAGGUGACGAUUAAGGCGCUAAAGGAUCGGAUCCGUGAGUACGAGCAGACGGCCGGGGCUCGUGUCGAGACCCUCGCCCUGGAGCGCGAGCAGAAGAUACGCGGAGAGUACGAUGAGAGGGAGAGGUUGCUCCAGGAGGACCAGCAGACGCUGCGCAAGAAGCUGGGGGAGGCCGAGGUGCGCGUGAGCAUCCUGCAGAGCGCAAUGGAAUCGACGCAGGCGGAACUCUUCGACCUGAAAGCCAAAUAUGACGAAGAAAUUGCCGCUAAGGCAGACGAGGCAGAGAUCAUCAUGAUGGAUUUGGAGAGAGCCAAUCAGAGGGCAGAGGCGGCUCAGAGGCAGGUGGAGAGCCUGAAGGAGCAGCUGUCAGCAGGCGGCGGCGUCCGCCCACAGGCGGAUGCGGGCGGUUCGACGGCGCCGCUGGGGGAUUCGCAGGCCCGCUUGGCCCUCGACCACGAGCUGGCAGCCAAGGAGCGGGAGGUGGCGCAGCUGGUGGAUGACGUGCAGCGCCUGCAGGCGGCACUCGGGCAGCAGCGAGAGAGCGGCGCCAGCCACGUGGCGCGUCUAGAGCAGCAGCUGGCAGCACGUGACCACACGGCCAAGAAACUGGAGGAGCAGCUCAAGGCCCAGGCUGACUACAGCGUGAUCAAGUCUGAGCUCAACAUCCUCAAGUCGAUGGAAUUCUCUUCUUCGCUGGAUAAAUCUGAAGCCCAGGAAUCCAAACCUCUGGAGGUGUUGCUGCUGGAGAAGAACCGCGCCCUUCAGUCGGAAAACACCACCCUGCGCAUCGGGAACACCGAGCUCAACGUGCGCUUCUCGGAGCUACAGGAGCAACACAGCGAGGCGGUUAAAGUGGGGGCGGAACAGAAGCAGCUGAUUAUCCAACUGGAGCACGACCUUUCAACCCUGCACAGCAUGGGGUCCAUCACCCGGCCUGACGCUGAGGGCACCGAGUACACCAGUCCACCCCAGGAGAACGUGUCAGAUCCAGUCCGCGAAGCCAGCUCUAGGUUUUUUGCGCCGGCCGCAAGGGGGGAGGCGCCGUCGUCGCCGUCCGUGGAGCUGCCCCCGGGGCAGGUGGACUCACUGCUCUCAAUCAUCUCCAGUCAGCGCGAGCGCUUCCGCCUGAGGAACCAGGAGCUCGAGUCGGAGGCGCGGAUGCACCAGCAGACGGUACAGGCGUUGCACGCAGAGCUGGAUAAUCUCCGCGCCGACAACGUGAAGCUUUACGAGAAGAUCAAGUUCCUCCAGAGCUACCCCGGGCGUGGCGCGCGGGAGGACGACACGGAGCAGCGCUACUCGACGCAGUACGAGGAGCGGCUCGACCCCUUCGCCUCCUUUGGCCGCAGGGAGCGCCAGAGGAAGUACAUGAGCCUGAGCCCCUGGGACAAAGCAACACUCAGCAUGGGCCGGUUCAUUUUGUCCAACAAGGUGGCACGAACCUUUGCCUUCUUCUACACGGUGCUCUUGCACUGCCUCGUGUUUCUGGUGCUGUACAAGACGGCAUGGAGCGAGAGCGUGGGCAGGGACUGCGCCGCAUACUGCGCCAAGAGGUACUCCGACCACCUCCACAAGUUCCACGAGAAAGAUGCUGAAGGAAUUUAGUGUGUGCCUGGGAGUUGGAGCCCAGAGGUCCAAAGUCAAGGGAGAGGCACGGCUGUUCAGCAUUUCGUCUGGGGCUACACGGAGCUGUGGUUGCUCCUGACUGUGGUUUUUGGCUCCUGUCCGCCGCACUUGAUAUGUUUCACCACUCGUCUCACUCUCCCACUCAUUAAUUACUCCUCACAUCACUUGUCUUCUUGUUUCAGAACACAUUCUGUGAAAUUGUUGAAGAGGACAGCUGGUCCUUCAGUCGGGGUAGAGUCAGUUCACAUCGACUUAAAAUCUCCCUUAAUCGUACCAAUCACGUGAGAGUUCAGGGUUUCUUGAACUUCAAUCCUCGCACUUAAAUAAGCAUCUCCUACUACUUUUCAUCCAGUGUUUUCUACCAUUACAUAGUUAAGAUCAAGUCAUUUCUGCUCUGCCAGAGAUACGAAUGGGUUCUUCAUCUCGUGAUAUGCCACCGACAGCACAUUUGGGAUAAUUUUGGAGAAAUGGACACGAACAUUAGGUACAAAAUAUCAAGUCAUUACAAUUCGCAAGUUUUUAAUCAUGAAAAUUAUCUGGUGUAGCGCCAGUAAGCGAGCAUGAACCACUCCCCAGUUACACACCAUGUCCACUGGCACGUCCGAGCCACGCCAACACGAGGACCUCAGCUUGACUAUUUGCCACGCUGAGCCAGAACCGAAUCAUGAAACUCUGGCCUCGCUGAAUAUCUGAACAUCUGAAUCUGGUCUUCUUGGUUCUUUCGGUAAAGUCACGUAGAAGGGAAAUAAUAAAAUAAUAAAGAUAAACCA